UAACCUGAUUGGUGACGACAACCUGGAGAGCGUUUGGGUCCCCACGACGGCUGCGAGCAGCAAAAUCGAGUCUCCCAAACUUCAAGAUAUUUUUUAUUCUCAACGCAAGAUGGCGAGUAAUCUCCUCAACAAUCGUUAUGCGGUUUUGGAAAAACUAGACGAAGGAACAUUUGGCGAGGUGUACAAAUGCUGGGACCACAGGGACCACAAGGAGAUGGCCUUCAAAAAGAUUGACAUCACAUUAAGCAUCAAGGAAGUGCAAGCAUAUCGUGAGGCUGUCUUCCUCAAACUGCUGAGGCACAAUAGCAUCAUCCGGUUCGAGGAAGACUUUGUCGUGGGAGAUUACCAUUAUAUCGUGUUGGACUACAUCAGCAUGGGCAGCCUCUUUGACGUUCUGAAAGCGAACGGAGCAUUUACUCUGUCCUCCGUCAAGAGAUAUGCCCAGCCCCUGAUGGAAGUGCUGGCCUUCCUGAAGAAGAACGGCUUAGUCCACGGGGACCUCAAGCUGGAAAACAUCUUGGUGAAAGAUCACCACACGGCAGCCAUCCGAUUGGCCGACUUCGGAGGAAGUUUUUUUGACAAUGAACCUCCCGACCAUAUCUUUGGGACGCCUGGAUACCAGGCUCCCGAGGUCUUGCUGGCCCUGCCGUUCGGAACAGCAGUUGACAUGUGGGCUGCAGGCUGCAUACUGGCCGAGAUCUCUGUUGGGAAACGACUGCUGCCAAGAACCAACAGAAAUGAGGAGGUUGCUGGGAUCACAAAGAUUGUGGGAACACCACCCUUAAAGAUGCUGCACGCUGCACCAGACGGUCAUCGGUAUUUCCACUUCUUUGGGCAACUCACCGAGGAAUGUCUGCAGGAGACCCCUCAGUGUUGCCCGCUCAAGGAGUUUCUGAAAACAAGAGACCCAUUGUUCCUGGACUUCAUCAGGUCCAUCCUAUGCUGGAACCCAGAUGACCGCCUAACUCCGGAAAGUGCUCUCAUGCAGCCAUGGAUGAGUGCAGCUCCAGCUCCACCACCUGGAUUUCACCAGGCACCGGCAUGCAAGAUCAACUCCCAUCUGGCUCCGUCAACCAAGGCCUUCGCAACUCUGGACUCCAACAACUUCACUUCCACGACAAUGGACCCCUACAAAAUAUGCUUCCUGGACUCGGACCCCAAUAACUCCUCCAUCCUGGCUCCAGCACCUUGCCACCUUCCCUCAAUUCCACAACUUACUUCUCCUGGACAAAUUCCAGUCUCAUCAUUUUGCAGCAGCUUUUCCGGAGUGGCAAUUGCCAUUUUGGCUCCUAAGGUGUCCAGUUUCAUUUCCCUUCCACCUCCAGCCGCCGUUCCAAUCCCCUUCAUUCAGCCAAGCACUGACGCCUUCCUGGUUUCUAUCUCUAUUGGGUCUUUUAUCGAAACCAUUUUGGAAUGGGAGAUGCCUACAGCCACUAGCUCAACAUCCACCACAAAAUGCAGCAUUCAGGUGGAAGAUUUUAACACUACUGUGUCUCUUACAGCAUCAAUUUCUGACUGUCUCCCAGAGUCGGAGACCAUAAUUAAUGUGGACAUCAAGCCUCUGAAUGUUGAGGAAUAUCCUAUUUCAAUUGAGGCAAUCGAUGAGACGACCCAAAAUGGAGCCGAGACGACCCAAAAGGGAGCCGAGACGACCCAAAAUGGAGCCGAGACGACCCAAAAGGGAGCCGAGACGACCCAAAAUGGAGCCGAGACGACCCAAAAUGGAGCCGAGACGAGCAUGGGCUCCACAUUGUCUCUGCCUAUAAACGCAGACUACACUGUUAACCCUCUCCUGGAGUCCGAGAGCACGGUCAAGGCAGACUCUAAGCCUCACGAUGCUGAACAAAAGCAAGCCAUGGUGCAGAGUGACAUGAACAGUGCAGAUAAAAUGCAGAUCCCCAAAUCCAAAUCACUAACCAUCUGCAAGAGAUUGCGUCGGAUCGGACGCGCUCUUAUUAAUUUGGUCUGUGGUUGUGGCAGAAGUGGAGAGGGGGAUUAAAUUUUUUUAAUAUUGUAAAAUAUAUGGGCAGCCCUCGACUUAUAAACAGGUUUCAUUCCUGGGACCUGUUCAUAAGUCGAACGGUUUUAUAAGUCGGUCGUCAAAAAUGUAUUAUAUUUAAAUGCACGUAACUCAUUGCUAUAAAUUUUUUACCGUUUUAAAAAGGGAAACAUUGUUAAACUCAUAGGAAAUAUUGUACAUUGGCAUUUGAUACUGUAACUAGCUUUACUACCCGGCUUCGCCCGAGACUUGGAUUCUCGUCUGGGAUUAAUACAGUCUGGAAGCUACCCAUAUGCCAAAUUUCAAGUGUGUUGCAUGUCGGGAAGUAUGAUAAACAUUUCAGACAGACACAUAUUCACAAAUUUUCCUUUUAUAUAUAUAGAUAAAUAUUGUAGUGUACAUAACAUACCAAAAAUAUGCUGGUAAAUAUAAAGAAAAAUCAGU